CGUCUCCAUCCAUCCCCAAUUCCCCAGCCAUCCCCGCCGCCAUGAGAAGAGAAGACAUCACCUACCUGGGCGCUGGCCCGGCCAGCCUCCCCACCGACGUCCUCGCGACCGCCGCCGACGCCCUGCAGAACUACCAGGAGACCGGCCUGGGUCUGGCUGAGCACAGCCAUCGCAGCGAAAUCGCGACCAACAUCCUGAACGCCGCCAAGGCCGACCUGGCCAACUUCCUGGACAUCCCCUCCUCUUAUGAGAUCCUUUUCCUGCAAGGUGGUGGAUCCGGCCAGUUCGACGCGACCGUCUACAACCUCGUGGGCAUCUGGGUGGAGAAGCAGAGGCAGCAGAUUGUCAAGGAGCGCGGAGAUAUUAGCGAGGAGGAGGUCUUGAACGAGCUGCGCAAGAAGGUCGAGUCCGACCUCCGUCUGGACUACCUGGUGACUGGAUCAUGGUCGCUCAAGGCCAGCCAGGAAGCCCUCCGUCUUCUGGGACCCGAAUACGUUAACAUCGCGAGCGACUCGAGGACGGCCAACGAUGGCAAGUUCGGAAAGAUCGCGGACGAGUCGACCUGGAAGCUGAGCUCCAAGGCUGCUAUGGUCUACAUGUGUGAGAACGAGACCGUCGACGGCGUCGAAUACCCCCAUUUCCCCAAGGUCCUGGAGCCCAAGGGAACCGACGAGGACCCCAUUGUCAUCGGAGACUACUCCUCCACCAUCCUGUCAAGACGGAUCCCCGUCAAGAACUACUCCAUCAUCUUCUUCGGAGCUCAGAAGAACCUGGGUGUUGCUGGAAUCACGGGCGUGAUCAUCAAGAAGGAUCUCCUCCCCCCGGUCUCUCCUCUCGCGUCUCCUGCCAUCCUGCGCAAGCUCGGCUUGCCGAUCGCCCCCGCCAUCCUCGACUACUCCGUUGCGGCCAAGAACAACAGUCUCUACAACACCCUCCCCAUCUUCGAUGUCUACAUCGCCGGCCAGGUGCUGAAGAAGCUCCUUGCCACGUACCCGGACAAGGUUGAUGGCCAGCAGGCCGUGGCCGACAGAAAGGCCAAGCUCAUCUACGAGACGCUUGACGCCUACCCGGAGGUGUACAAGGUUGUCCCGGACAAGAGCGUGCGCUCCCGGAUGAACGCCUGCUUCCGCGUGAUCAAGGGCGGAAACGUCGACGAGGCGGAGAAGGCCUUCCUGAAGGGCUCCGUCGAGCGCGGCAUCACCGGACUGAAGGGCCACAGAAGCGUUGGAGGCAUUCGCGCGUCCAACUACAACGCCAUCCCCGAAUCCGGCAUCGAGAAGCUGGUGGUGUACCUGAAGGAGUUCGCUACGGCAUAGAGUGACGCAGUAGAUGUGUAAAAGUGGCAUUUGCAUCCCCGAAAAGCAUUAAUAUUGGGUACGACCGGGUGUUGUGGGUUACAUACAGGCGGGAUUUGGGGGCAACAUGUUUGAAUUCAACUUUGGAAGACUAGCUAGCCUCGUAGAAUGGCUGUCUCAACGACAGUGUGAUCCGUUGACUGUGUUUGUGCACGUAAAAUUAUGAAAUAUGAAU